CAAAAAACCCUCCUUUUAUCCCACAUUUUCUCCCUUUUUUCUUUUUCACCAUCUUUCUCACUCAUUGUGGAGAAAUACAUUAUGAAGCAGCACCAUUCUUCUUCAUGCUCCCUCUGUGACGGAGAGAGAGGAGGGACAGACUGUCCAGAAUAGAUAACGAGCAAGGAGACUGGCACUGAGGAGAGGAGAGGAGAAGGAGGGGAAAAAAAGGCCAAAAAAAGAGAAGGAAACAGGUAGAGAGAGAAAGAAGAAGAGGAAGCAAGCAAAGAAAAAUAGAGAAUUAACUAGGAUUGUUUGAAAUCCUCUUGGAGACUGAGAGUCUCUUUCUAAUUCGCCUGUGCCGUGUUGGAGGCUAGUUAGCGCAAUGGGCAGAGGAGGGGUCAGGAUUUACACCAGGGGGGGCACUUGAGCAGGAGAGUAGGGUUAUGUCCCCCCUGCACCUGCCUGGUCUGUAUCUUAGUGUUUGGCAGCAAGACAGACUGAAAGAUGGCCCGGUAAACAGACAGCUAUACUGACAGACAAGCUCUGAGGCUGGUGAGACAGACAGACAGGAAGACGGGUACACUGCCUAUUCCAAGUGUCAGGCAGAGAGCCAGGCAGACACCCAGUGCCGGCACAGUAGACAGUGUGCGAUUCAUUGUCAUUCUAUGCAGUGUGUGAGGAAGAGACAGAGGGAAGGGAAGAAAGCAGAGACAGAAAGAGAGAAGAGGAGCAUCCCUCUGUUUGUAGCUUCUGGAGAAUCUCACUUCAUCUGCAUCCACCUCAGUCAGUGCUGUGGCAAGCCCAUGCACUAAAAAAACAGGCUGGGAGGGAGGGGGCUGUUACUAGAAAGGAAAUACAGGUUGGAGUGAGAGAAGGAGAGAGAGGGAGGCAGGCAGAGAAACAGAGGGAGAGAGCAGGUGUCGGAAAUCCUCCCCUUCAUCUGCUUGUCAUUUACUCCUUUAUGUUCUCUCGUCGUCUGGCGAGGUGAUUGGUUUUCUGAUGCCGGCAUUCCUCUGCUCAUAGGCCCCUCCGUAAUCCAGAGAAAAACAAGAGGUGGGCAGACAGAGGAAAGCAAAAAAAAAAAGACAGCAUAAAAGGAAAGGUGGAGCCCCAUUUUGAUUGACUAAUUUUUCAUCCCUUCCUUUUCUUAUUUGUCAAGACGGGCUGUUGCUGUCUCUCUCCCCCCCCCUUAAAGUAAGAGAUAGAAAGAAGAAAACCACCGGCCCAAUCAAUCCCUCAUUUUCUUUGCACACAGAAUCGAACCUCUCCUUUCAUCAGUUGUUGAUUUUUCUUGCCUUGCUCUGAAGGGAUUAUUUUCUCCAUCUCAGUAUAAACACUGGAAUCCUCCCUCUGUACUCCCUCUAUAUGUCCUCACCCCCAGUGACACAGUGUGAACCCCUCUGACUCCCCCACGGCAUACCUCCCCCCUCUCCUCGGCUGAAGUGCAAAAACCCUGUGGUCUCAGAUCUCCAUGCCUGUGUUGACUCACUACUACAGCGAUAAUAUGGCACAGCGCUUCUGAUACCGUCUGAUUCAUUCUGUGGUGGUACAGGCAGCCCGCAGACCGUUCUCCAUGAGGAGCAGUAGAAGAUGCCGGCUCUGCCAGCACUGCUGCUGUCAAUACACAUCCUCUCCUUCCUGCUAGUCACCAUGCCGCCACGCUCCCUCAGUCAGGCCCCCGUGCUCUCCUCCGUCCGCAUGGCGGCAAUCCUGGAUGACCAGUCUGUGUGUGGGCGCGGGGAGCGGCUGGCACUGGCUCUGGCCAGGGAGAACAUCAACAGCGUGAUGGAGGGUCCGUCUCGAGCCCGAGUGGAGGUGGACAUAUAUGAGCUGCAAAAAGACUCCCAGUAUGACACUACUGACACCAUGUGUCAGAUUCUACCCAAAGGCGUCGUCUCUGUGAUAGGUCCCGCCUCCAGCCCCGCCUCUGGCUCUACUGUCAGUCACAUAUGUGGAGAAAAGGAGAUCCCUCACGUAAAGAUUGGUCCAGAGGAAACGCCCCGCUUGCCAUACCUGCGCUUCGCCUCUGUCACUCUGUACCCUAGCAACGAGGACCUGAGCCUGGCCAUAGGAGCCAUCUUGCGCUCUUUCAGUUACCCCUCAGCCAGCCUGGUCUGCGCCAAGGCUGAGUGCCUGCUGAGAUUGGAGGAACUGGUCCGCCGCUUUCUCAUCUCUCGGGAGACGCUGUCAAUCAGGAUGCUGGAUGACAACCUGGACCCUACGCCACUGCUGAAGGAGAUCCGUGACGACAAAGUGGCCACCAUCAUCAUCGACGCCAACGCAUCUGUCUCCUAUCUCAUCCUGAAGAAGGCAUCAGAGCUGGGGAUGACAUCAGCAUUUUACAAGUACAUACUCACCACCAUGGACUUCCCACUCCUGAGAUUGGAUGACAUAGUGGAUGAGCAGUCCAACAUUGUGGGGUUCUCCAUGUUUAACACCACCCAUCCCUUCUAUUUGGAGUUCAUCAGGAGCCUCAACCUCUCUUGGUGGGAGGGUUGUGACCUGACGUACCCUGGCCCUGCGCUCUCGUCAGCGCUGAUGUUUGAUGCGGUGCAUGUGGUGGUGGGGGCGGUGAGGGAAUUGAACCGCAGUCAGGAAAUCGGAGUGAAGCCGCUCAGCUGCACCUCACCUCAGAUCUGGCAACACGGGACCAGUCUUAUGAACUACCUGCGCAUGGUGGAGUACGAUGGUCUGACAGGGCGUGUGGAGUUCAACAGCAAAGGUCAGAGGACCAACUACACCCUGCGGAUCCUGGAGAAACACCGAGGAGGCCACAAAGAGAUCGGGGUCUGGUACUCCAACAACACCCUGGCAAUGAACUCCACCAGUCUGGAUAUCAAUGUCUCAGAGACGCUGGCAAACAAGACGCUCAUUGUCACCACCAUACUGGAAAACCCAUAUGUGAUGCGCAGAGACAACUACCAGGAUUUCCAGGGCAACGACCAGUAUGAGGGCUUCUGUGUCGACAUGCUGAAGGAGCUGGCAGACAUCUUGAAAUUCUCCUUCAAGAUCAAGCUGGUGGAUGACGGGCUGUAUGGGGCUCCAGAGCCCAACGGCUCUUGGACCGGCAUGGUUGGAGAGCUAAUCAACAGAAAAGCAGACCUGGCCGUAGCAGGCUUCACCAUCACGUCAGAGAGAGAGAAAGUUAUCGACUUCUCUAAGCCGUUCAUGACCCUGGGGAUCAGCAUCUUGUACAGAGUUCAACUGGGUCGGAAGCCGGGUUACUUCUCCUUCCUCGAUCCCUUCUCUCCAGCUGUCUGGCUCUUCAUGCUGCUCGCCUACCUGGCUGUCAGCUGUGUGCUCUUCCUGGCUGCAAGGCUGAGCCCCUAUGAGUGGUACAACCCUCACCCGUGUCUGCGAGAGCGCAGGGACAUGUUGGAGAACCAGUACACGCUGGGAAACAGCCUGUGGUUCCCUGUGGGAGGCUUCAUGCAGCAGGGAUCAGAGAUAAUGCCUAGAGCCCUGUCCACCAGAUGUGUUAGUGGUGUGUGGUGGGCGUUUACUCUGAUCAUCAUCUCCUCCUACACGGCCAACCUGGCAGCCUUCCUGACUGUCCAGAGGAUGGAGGUUCCCAUCGAGUCUCCGGACGACUUGGCCGACCAGACCAACAUCGAGUACGGCACCAUCCAUGGAGGGAGCACCAUGACCUUCUUCAUGAACUCACGUUACCAGACCUACCAGAGGAUGUGGAACUACAUGAACUCCAAGCAGCCCAGUGUAUUUGUAAAAAGCACAGAGGAGGGCAUCGCCCGCGUGGUCAACUCCAAGUAUGCCUUCCUGAUGGAGAGCACCAUGAACGAGUACCACCGCGGCCUCAACUGUAAUCUCACACAGAUAGGAGGCCUGCUGGACACCAAGGGCUACGGCAUCGGCAUGCCAUUGGGGUCUCCAUUCAGAGAUGAGAUCACGCUGGCCAUCCUCCAGCUGCAGGAGAAUAACAGGCUGGAGAUACUGAAGAGGAGGUGGUGGGAGGGAGGCCAAUGCCCCAAAGAGGAGGACCACCGUGCCAAGGGUCUGGGCAUGGAGAACAUUGGGGGCAUCUUUGUGGUGCUGAUCUGUGGCCUCAUCAUUGCUGUGUUUGUGGCCAUUAUGGAGUUUGUGUGGUCGACACGCCGCUCUGCAGAGACCGAUGAGGUAUGCCCCCAUACCUGCCCUCGCCGACCCCACAGACACACCCCAGUGUCUGUCUGUCAGGAGAUGAUCACAGAGUUCCGAAACGCCGUCUCCUGUAAGAAGAGCUCCCGUAUGCGCCGCCGUCGGCCCCUCAGCAGCUCCGUGGCCCUGCGCCAUCCCACACGCAUAGCCCUGGGGGCCCCUCGGCCCCUGCGCCUCGUCCGGGAGAUGCGCCUCAGCAACGGCAAGCUCUACAGUGGAGCUGGCCCGCUGACAGGUGGAGCUGGAGGUGGAGGAGGUGGAGCAGGAGGGGCAGGGCCUCCUGACCUGGGCCCAGGGCCCCAGCGGAUCCUAGAUGAUCCACUAGGGGCCAACACCACCCCUCCUCCACCAGCCCCUACCCCUGUGAUGCUGCCUGCCCGCAGCUGCACCCACGUGCGGAUCUGCCAGGAGUGUCGGAGGAUCCAGAGCCUGAGAUCAGGCAGCAGUAUAGGAUCAACCUCAACAAGAAUACCACCUUCAUCAGCACCCCUGCCCAGGCUGCCCCCGCCCCCACCCCCAUCCUCAUCCAACACAGACAGUGAGGGCGGAGGGGGGCCCAGUCCAAGGCGGCUACACCACAGCCCUCCGCCUCAUACUUCCCGACCCAUUCCACCUCCACAGAACAGCAACACCACAGAUCUACUGGGUGACCAGGACUGAGACCAGAAGUAGUGUGCAGGGUGAGAGGGCAGUUGAUGUGACUGAGGACCAUUUGUGCUGCUGAGAGAAACACUUGUUUCCACAGAUUAAAUUUAUUGGAGAACGAAAUGAGGGAGUGAUGGAGGAAAAAAAUUAACUCGGCAACGUAAGCCAAUGGAAGAUGAGACGGCCUUUAAAAGGAGAAUGAAGGCAAACCAUGACCCUUUCUCCAGCUGAGCUCGAGGCUUACAGAUACAGAACUUUAUACGAGCAUGCUGUGAGAUGGUCGUCAGUUAAGCUUCGUAAUCAACUGAAGAACAGUUCAGUUGGGACGAAUCUGAGCGGAAAUGCACAUGACAAGAUGAUGGUUUUCAUUGGCCUUCUUUUUCUCUCCUUACUCCCCCUCUCACUCCUUUAGAUUUGAGGGUGCUGGUUUUGUCCUGCAGACACUUCCCUGGAAGGUAACUACCCCUCUAGUAAAAUGAAGCCUUGUUGGAGGACAUACUGUAUCCGUAUGUGAUUUAAAACAGCAACUAAAAGACUUCCAGAGAAUUAUUUCCUGUUGUUUUUUUCUUUUGUUGUCUUUCUUGUUUUGUUACCAUUGUUCUAAGUGGGAAUUACAGAGUUAAAUACAGACUACGUGUGACAAUAUGGUGGGUUAUAACAUACUAAGAAACUCAACUGCGGCUAAUUGUGUUCACGAGUUUUGUGUCCCUCCCUGUGCCCCAUAGCUGCUUUCUGGAUGGUAUCAGGGAAGGUGGAUGAAAUGACUUCAAGACGGCAACAUAAUGCAAACGGUAGAAGAGGAAACUGUCGGUCUGCCUUUCUUUAUACUGUGUGUGUGUGUGUGUGUGUGUGUGUGUGUAACAAUGUGCUCCCUGUAAGUCUGUCUGUAACUACUCAAAGUGAGGAGAACCAUGUAUCCAGCAACGGCACCCUUCUACAAAUGUAAGAUAAUCAGACAGCUGCAAAAAAAAAAAAAAAAAAGGAGAAAGAGCAAGAGGCUUUGAAAUGUGAAAUUAAUGUCCCUCGUUAUCCUGGGUAACACUUGCCAAGUCUUUACUUCUUUUUCACCUCUGUUCACACAGCGUGGAGGAGAUAGAGAGACCGGGGCGAGGCAGAGCCAGAGAGCCAAGAUAGAGGAGAACAGAAAGAGAGGAGAUAGAAGGAGGCAGAGAGUGAAAAGGACACUACUGAAUUUGAAUUAGAAAUCCCUAACUGAACUACUUCCAUUAUUAGAUCUGUCCUGAUCUGUUAAUUCUGGGCAUCUUUUAAGGGGCUUGUUAAUGCGCCAGCAGGCUGUAGCUACAGCUUCUUCCCUUCUCUCUGUUUAACUGACAGACUUGGCCUUCCUCAGUGGAGGCUCCUGCCAGAGUGAUAGACUCAACAUAGCCUUGUCAAUACUGUCUCAAGCUUUUGAUCGCCUAAUUACUCCCCUCGGUGGCGGGGGACUCAUUCAGGAGGGGCUGAACACAGGGAAACAUGCUGAUAAAUAGAUUUAGAAGAAAUACAUGUUUUUCACUCCGGCUGCGAAGGGAACCUGGUUUCUUUUAAUUAUGCUGUUAAUGUUAAAGUCCUGCUGUUUUGUUAAACUCCAACUGAAGCUAAACACUACAGUUUAUUAGCGCGGUGCUUAAAGGGAACACACUGGUGGAUUUGCAUGUUUUAGUCCUUUAACUUUAAAUUGUGCACACUUUAUGUUAUUGCUGAUGAUUAUUGCAGGCAAACCAGAAGUUUCUAAACCGAUUUCCAAUCUCCCAAGUAGCUUUCAUGGCAAGUUAUUGCGGUGUAAUCACAAAGAACAUUAGAGACAAGGCUGGUUGUAUUUUUUUCUUGUUGUGGACAAAUCCAGUGAAAACACCAAAACUAACAAUGAGCUGAUCUCAGUAGCCAAAGCCUCAUGUAGCUUAUUCCUCUGUGCUAUCGACCUCCAUUGUUUAAAACGCAUUAAUGAGUCACACCGCUGCACUGGUUUGAGUAAUGUUUGCUAAAAACAAUUAAAAAAUUAAUAUAUUUGUGCCCAUUUUUUUAAGAGUUAGGUCUUCUGUGGGACUAAAGGCGCUGAGUGUCACUAACAGGCUGCAGAAGCUGGAAACUAUGGUGAGAUAGAUCAACACAUUAAUGGUUUUUGGUCUUUUCAUGGACUUUUGUUGACAACACUGGCAGCCUAAUCCUUCAAAGUCUGCUUUAAUUGUAGGGAAAAUAAAUGCUGAAUGUGUUGAGGCCACCAGGUUGCAGAUCAAUCAUCGUAUUUAUUCAAAUGUAAUUAAGUACUUGCUUCCAUUGAUCAUCAAGGAUCACUACUGAAACUGAUCAGAUCAUUUUUCAGGGUGUCUGCAGGUCCUUAAAAAGUCUUAAAUUCAGAGUCAUUGAUAUUCUAAAAUUUGAAUUUGUGAGGUCUUAAUUUGGAUUUAUUGAAAGGGUAGCCCCUUGAGAUAUAGCAUCUCAUUUUCAGACCUGUGGUUCCCAAUUGGUCCAGCCACAGCUUCCAGAUUUUUCCUUCGUCAUUAGUUCAAGGUCCCCACAAAUUAAAACAUUCAGCGUUAUACUUGCAAUUGGCCAUGUUGUUGAGUUAGUUAGCUGUCUGUAAUUCACUCAUUCUACACCGACGCCCCAAACAUCUAAUACCAUUUAUCAAUUUUGUCAAGUUCUUCUGCAUAAAUGUCAACAUUUCUGAUGUUGCAAGUUUUUAAACCUACCACUGAACCUAAUACUGUCUUUUAACUUGAUACUUAACCUACCUGUUGUCAAAAUGUGACUUACUCACUCUAAUAACUGUAAACCUACAUAAAAACUACCUAUAGACUGGAUCACAUUAAUAUACUACUUAUCUUCAUACUUAACUGCAAUGCUUUAAUAAGAAGAAGAUCAUUUGUCCAAAGAUCAGAUCAUUUUGUUUAAAAUGAUCUUGAAACAGUCUUAAAAAGCAUUAAAGUGUCUGAUACCUGCAGGCACCCUGGUUUUAGGUCCAUACUAAAUGAGGUGUGAUUGGUUACUGCAGCAUGACUUCCUGUUUGUUUACUCCAAACAUACCUGUAAUCACUCUAAUGUGCGGCUGCUGUGUCUCUGUGGUACGAACACCUCUGUGAAACGUCCCCUCAGAAACAAAUGUCCUGAUUUUUUUCCACAAUAGCCUAUCGUCCCAUUUUCUUUUUUAUAUGUAAUCAUGAUCAAGUGCUGGAUUAGCAUUUUCUGCUCCGCAGGUCAUUGACUCAUCAGUGUCUCAGUGUUCAUUGAAUCUAAUCGGUUCCCGAAAUAUUCACUGUGGAGUGAUUCACCACUUACUGAACUAGGAGGCGGUUUUAAACACACCCUUAGUUACAGUUGACAUACUUUGUUCUAAAAAAAGUCUUUCUUGGUGUUUGAUGGUGAGCUGAUGCAACGUUUUCGACGCAAGAAAUUACUGAAUUCCCAUCAUCCUGUUCAGUGUUUGCUCAUUGUUUAUCUUUUAUGGUUUGAUGUCCUGACAGCAGAUUUCAUGAAUGUAUCAGCAGCUGAUUCUCACUUCUAUCAGUCAGUCAGUGUUUCCAAUAGACUUUUUCUUUUCCCUUCUCCAUUUGUACCACAGUUCUUGAUAGUGUUGUCACGAUACCAAAAUGUUGACUUUGAUACCAAGUUUACUGUCAGAAUACGCCAAUACUGAAACAAUACUGAUUUGAUAAUCGACACCAAAAAGAUCAGAAACAAAAUGUCCACAAGGCUUGAUCACACUUUAUUGUAAAACCAUGAGACUGAGAGCGCACAAGGAUUUCAUUCUAGUUUCAUACAGUGCUAAUUCAGUGCUAAUCGUUGGUUAUAUUUACUGGAUUAAAUGUCAAGAUUAUGUAUCAUAGACCUGCCCUACACAUUGCCCAUAUAUUAUUCUAUGGAGAGUUCCAAAAUCACACACUAUAAUUCAACCAACAGGCCGCUUACACCUUAAAGUUUCUCCAGCAAGCCAAUCACUGUGGGCGAUGUUAUGUUACUCGCUGUUCUUUGUGAAAAUGUCAAGCCACUGUAGUUUAUAAGUGACAUGUAGCUAGUAGUAAUAUUAGCCCAAUGCUAUUUCACAAUUUAAUCAUUUUGAAAAGCACCAAAAUGAGACUCCCAAAUAACCGUAGCUUAAUACGUUUGUCGUUUUGGAACUUGUCAUACUGUUAACGAUACACAGUAGGCCUCAUAUUGAUAUGUGACGCUCAUGAUCAGCUACAUAUUCCAUAUAAUACAGCAGCUUUUCACAGCGCUACCGCUAGCUCAUUGCUAACCUGUCGUGUUCUUGGUGUCUGUCACUGUCUGAGCUGCUUAGCGAGAUUAUGUAGUGUUUCCUCCCUUGUACGACACUGUUUUAUAGCAGCUUUUACAUACAGGCGUCGUUAUGUCAGUGGGUUCACCAUCAGUGUCAGCUUGGUAGGCAAAAUAGUCCCACUGUCGACUUCGGCCAGUUUUUUUAACCAGUACAGGGCUUUGAGGUAUCAUUUACGCUGUUGUUGUCAGUAGUAGACACUAUGAGGUACUGCUUUUCCCUCAGUCAGAGCUAAGGGUUGCACUGUAUUAACAGAGAUUAAUUCUCAGCUGAAAUGUCCCCUGAUCACAACACAUUUAACAGAACGUUGGGAAAUCCUAACACUGAACCUUUUUUCACAGAAAAUUACCAAAAAACUAGUCCUUGACACUCAAGAGUCUCCUCCAAUGCACAUAAAUGUACCAGCUGUUUCACCUUGAAGUGAGGAGCUUCCUGCUGUCACCCAAACAGGAACAUAAUCCCUCAUUGGCUUCCCAUCCAUCCAUUUUCAACAGUAAUACAAAGUGUGUGACGCAACAUGCAAUCCAACCAGUUCAGCCCUUCACAAAUACCCUGAAAAAGGAAACAGUGGCAUUGUUGUCUGGGCCAACAUUGCAGCGCUGUAUGAAAGUAUACAUUUUGCAGCGGAACAGAUUUGUCGACAGUGUCGUGCUCCAGAUAAUGACUGAUAACAUUGUUUGCACACAUUACACUGUUUCUCCGAAUGAUUGCUGUCAGCAGAAGCAGGCCCGGGUUUGAUGUGUCUCUUCCUCUCUCUGUUUACUUCUGCCUUUGUGUUCAGAAUGCUGACAAGGCAACACGAGCCAGCCCCUUUUCAGGAGAAGUCACAGUACACUCACACACACAAACACAAACAGAGACACACUCGUCUACAACAUCUUCAUUUCCAAUUCCCUUGUUGUCUAAAGGUUGUAAACCCACUGGUUGUUUUUUUCUUCUUUUUAAAAUUUGUCUCUUUUCUGUGUCUUCUUUGGUUUGUUAUGUGUACAAAAUCAAAAAAUCUGAUAUGUGACAGCACCGUGUGGCCAACACGUGGCUAUCGACAGCUUUAAACCAUCAGCUGAAAGCGUUUAUGAGCUGCAAAGCAUUGUGCGGACAGGCGAGAGGAGCGUGCAAAAAUAUUGCUAGUAGGAAAAUUAAAGGGAAGGGAGGGUCACAAAACAAAUCUGAUGGGGUGUCCGAACAGUCGCUCCACAAAACAAACCUUUUUGUUUACUUUUACGUUCUUUUCUUUGGUAUUUUUUCAUAUUUCUAUACUAGUGCUAAAUGGAUUAUUAAAACUGAUGAUGAAUAUUAUGAUUAAAUUGUUGUUAUUAUUCCUAUUGAAGAGCAAGAGGUUCUAUAGUGUGACUGUGGGUGGAGGGUGGGGGACGGGUGGUGUUGGGAUGAAGGUGCCGUGAUGUUCUUCGAGAGAUCGCCCUGUUGUUCAAACCUA